CCAAUCGCCGCGCACCGUGGCCGCGUUAGCGCUCGCGGGUCGCGCCUCGCCUCAUUGUGGCGUAAGGCGCCGGCGGGAGAGGUCGAGCUUGUCGCUGUGCUUCGCUUCUGCGGCUGGUAGCCUUCGAGAGACGCAAAGUUUGCCCUCGCCAUGGACUACGGGGAAGCUGAAGACAGAGAUUGGAGAUUCCCAGAUACCCCCAUGCAUUGUGGUGUGAACAUGCCCAGUGGGUCAGUCUCAGACAUGGACCGUGAUUAUGGGCACGGAGGCUAUGGUGGCCCACGAUCCAUGGACUCUUACCUAAACCAGUCCUACGGGAUGGAGAGUCAUGGAGGUGGAGGCGGAGGUGGUGGUGGUGGUAACAGGUUUGGACCUUACGAGUCUUACGACUCCGGGUCUUCUCUGGGUGGGCGAGAUCUGUACAGAUCUGGCUAUGGUUAUAAUGAACCCGAACAAAGCCGCUUCGGAGGUAGUUAUGGUGGUCGAUUUGACAACUCCUACCGGAAUAGCCUUGACUCUUUCGGAGGUAGAAGCCAGGGCGGGUCUAGCUGGGAAGCACCUUACUCCCGUUCAAAAUUGAGGCCUGGGUUUAUGGAGGACAGAGGAAGAGAGAGUUACUCUUCCUACAGCAGUUUUUCUUCACCCCAUAUGAAGCCUGCACCUGUAGGCUCUCGGGGGAGAGGAACGCCUGCUUAUCCUGAAAGUGGAUUUGGAAGCAGAAACUAUGAUGCUUUUGGAGGACCAUCAACAGGCAGAGGCCGAGGCCGAGGACACAUGGGAGACUUUGGUGGAAUGCACAGACCUGGAAUUGUUGUUGACUAUCAUAACAAACCCAGUCCUGCAGCAGUUGCUGCAAGAGGAAUAAAAAGAAAAAUGAUACCACAGCCAUAUAACAAACCCGGUGGGACAUUUAUCAAGAAACCCAAAAUGACAAAGCCUAUUUUGAAGCUGAGCCAGAAAAAAUCUCCUAAUGUGAAGACAUCUUCCCAGGAUUCUACUGUAGAGGAAAUUGAAGUGGACACAAGUGGUGCAGUUGUUAUAUAUGAAGACUUUACAAGAGAUGCUUAUGAUGUUGGAUAUCAGACUUUUGGAGAUGGCAAAGGAGAAGGUAAAAGUGAGGAAGAAGAGAAACGACGAAUUGAGGCCAGAAGAGAGAAGCAAAGGCGUAGAAGGGAAAAAAACAGUGAAAAAUAUGGUGAUGGAUACAGGAUGGCAUUUACUUGUUCAUUUUGCAAAUUUCGAACAUUUGAAGAAAAAGAGAUUGAGGCACAUCUGGAGAGUGCAGCUCACCAGGAAACAUUGGAUCACAUUCAGAAGCAAACCAAAUUUGACAAAGUAGUGAUGGAAUUUCUUCAUGAGUGUAUGGUGAAUAAGUUCAAGAAGACAGCUAUGCGUAAGCAGCAGACAAGUAACCAAACAGAAAAUUCUCAAGCUGCUGAAAAAGAUAUAAUGGAAGGGGUUACUGCUGAUGACCACAUGAUGAAAGUUGAGACUGUUCACUGCAGUGCUUGCAGUGUGUAUGUUCCUGCACUACACAGUUCUGUUCAGCAGCACUUAAAAUCUGCUGAUCACACAAAAGGAAAACAAGCUUACAGAGAACAAAUAAAGAGAGAGAGUGUUCUUACUGCCACCAGUAUCUUGAAUAAUCCUAUAGUCAAGGCACGAUAUGAGCUGUAUGUGAAGGGUGAAAAUCCUUUUGAAGCUAACGAUCAGACUCAGGAGCAGCAGGUGGAAGAGGAGGAGAAAGCCGAAGAGCCGGCUGAAGGCGAGGAAGAAGAGGAAGAGGAAACUGAAGAACAAACUGACUUCACUUUAGACCACACUGAAGAUAACUAAGUGCAAGAAAGCAAAGAUGAGGAAGGGCAGAACAGCUUUUUAUUUCUGUUCUAAAGGGGCUAAGACCUUUUAAUAGUCUCAGAUGAAACUGAAGAUUCCCCACCAUAUGCAUGCAUUCCAUUCCAUGGAGAACUUGUUCGUAUAAUUCCUCUGUGCUUCUGAUUUCAUUUAAAAUUAAAUUAAGACUAUUUUAGUUGA